CUCUCUCUCUCUCUCUCUCUCUCUCCCUCUCUCUCUCGUGUCACAUCAAGCCCCCUACACAGCGCCGACUAGUGGUCACAUCUGAUCAUCACAGGACUUCAGUCUUACUUGUUUUAAGCUGUUGGCUGAAGGGAAACCUUCCGUCUGAUAUCAUUUACUUCUAAUGCACAGUGUCAUUAAAAGCAGAUGACAUCCUCCUUUAACAGUGAACGUGAUAAAUAUGAAUGUAUUCUACUUUUAUCCUCUUUGUCCAUUUUUCUUUCUUUUCUUCCAUUUUAUUCCGUUUCUGCUUUGUUCUUUUAUUUCACCCCGUCUCUGCCUUCUUUAUUCAUUUCAGCUCUUUAAUGAUUGUUUGCAUCUCUCACAGUUGACGACGUCUUCAAAUGUCUCGUUUUGUUCGACCAACAGAAACAUUCAGUUUGUGACAGAAAACAGAAAAGCUGCAAAUUCUCACAGAGAUUUAGCUCCAUUAACCUCUAACUGUUAAUGUAAUAAUAUUAAUAGUUGAUGCUGUCUUGCUAAGUGUUUUUCUGAAGAACAAUGAAUCAGUUACUCUGUUAAAUAAUGAUUCCUGCUCUACUCUCUUCACUCCUUCUGGAGGUUUGUGGAGAUUUAAUGAUAAUCAAUAAAGGUUUGAUUCAGAGUGAAGUCACAAGAAGCUUCACAUGAAGUGUGUCAGGACUACAGAGUAAUAAAGUCAGAAUAUAUGCAAUAUGUAGAUGUAUAAUAUCUAUAUAUAGAUAUUAUAUAUAAAACGGGUCAAACAUCACCACAGCUUUCGUUUCUAGUUUAUUGAAAAGCUCUGAAUGUCACAUGUCCAAAAAUACAUUUCUAUCAUUUUAUUUGAUCACAAGAACAUAUAACAAUCAUUGAACUCGUAUUCUUAAUAAUCAUAAAGUAUAUUUAACACACAGUGAUUACAAAGUGCUUAAAAUAAAUACAAAUAAUCAGAUGAAUAGUGAUGUAGAAAUAGUACUAAUAAAAUACACUGAUACCACAAAUAUUCACAUAGAAUAUACACAUAUAUAUACUUGUACAUAUGUAUUUAUAAUUAAGUUAAAUUGUUGCCAUGAGAUGACAGUGGGGGAACUAAACUAAUAAUUAAACUGAUCUUUAUGUUAAAAUGUAAAACUCAAUAACUCAUUUAGAUUUACUUGUUUUAAGACAAAGUUAUUAUAUUGUGUUGAUUGAGUAAAAUAUACAUUUUUUAAAUUAUAUUUGUUUUCUAUAUGUUCAUGUUUGGCUUUCAUAAUGAUGAUGAUGAUAAUAAUAAAGAUAAAGUAAACCUGAAGGCGGAACCAAAGGUUUCCACGGGUUGUUCCACGGACAGGUUUUCCAGCAGGACCCGGAAGUGACGCACUUUCCAAACUUGAGGCGACGCGCGUAUCUGCGAUGAAUUCAUUUGUAUUUGUGAAAUAAAAGAAGAUUAAUCAGUUCAUCAAAGUAACCAUGGCGACAAAACGUAAGUCUGACGUCACGGUUCCCGCGGAGGAAAGUGACCAACUGCUGAUCAGACCUCUAGGAGCAGGACAGGAGGUGGGACGGUCCUGCAUCAUCCUGGAGUUCAAAGGAAGAAAGAUCAUGCUGGACUGUGGGAUCCAUCCCGGUCUGGAGGGGAUGGACGCUCUGCCGUACAUCGACCUGAUCGACCCGGCUGAGAUCGACCUGCUGCUCAUCAGCCACUUCCACCUGGACCACUGUGGAGCUCUGCCCUGGUUCCUGCAGAAGACCAGCUUUAAAGGACGCACCUUCAUGACGCACGCCACCAAGGCCAUCUACCGCUGGCUGCUGUCCGACUACGUCAAAGUCAGUAACAUCUCAGCAGAUGACAUGCUGUACACAGAGACAGACCUGGAGGAGAGCAUGGAGAAGAUCGAGACCAUCAACUUCCACGAGGUGAAGGAGGUGGCCGGCAUCAAGUUCUGGUGUUACCACGCCGGCCACGUCCUUGGGGCGGCCAUGUUUAUGAUCGAGAUUGCCGGCGUCAAGUUGUUGUACACAGGAGACUUCUCCCGUCAGGAGGACAGACAUCUGAUGGCAGCAGAGAUCCCGAGCGUUAAACCCGACAUCCUGAUCACUGAGUCGACCUACGGGACUCACAUCCACGAGAAGCGAGAGGAGAGGGAGGCUCGUUUCUGUAACACCGUCCACGACAUCGUGAACCGGGAGGGCCGCUGUCUGAUCCCCGUGUUCGCUCUGGGCCGAGCUCAGGAGCUGUUGCUCAUCCUGGGUGAGAUGAGCACACCUUACGUAUCCCAGCAUGCAUUUCACCUCCAACACGUACAUAGGGUACAUCCAAAGUCGAUUAUCUGUCAUCAUGAAUGAGUACUGCAGAUAGACUGUGUAUAUAUAUAAUAGAAUGGUAGGGGAA